UCAAAUUGAUAGUUUCAAGUGAAACUUAUAAAGUACAAAUCCCUGCUUUAAAUAGAAUGAUAACGACUGCACACACUGUUACGUAAAACGGAAUGCAUGUGCCUGGUUUGUCUCAAAGCACUUGUGUUUCUUAAGUGUGUUAAGAUCUGUCCAGAUUCACUCUCUUCAAAAUGCAAUGCAAAAUUGACGAUCUUCCUGAUGAAAUUUUAGAAUAUAUCUUAAGCCUAAUACCGCCUUACAAAGAUCUUCAGGAAUGUAUGUUCGUGUCGAAGAGAUGGUAUCGCGCAACGAAAAAUGUUAUCGAACACAGUGAGGCCCAUUUCCAAAAAUCUGUGGCCUAUGGUUCGCUGUUUUGGCAUUCUUGUUCGUCAGUUCACUUGGAUCCUACGAUAGGCAAAAGACAUUCACAUUCGGCAUGCACUUACGAAAAUUCUAUGUACGUUUUCGGCGGAUGCACUGCCACUUGUACAACUUUCAACGAUUUGUGGAGGCUGGAUUUAGAUACGAGGAAGUGGGCUAGGCCCAUCACGAUGGGAAGUUAUCCAUCCCCGAAAGCUUGUGCCACAAUGUUGCAUCACAAAAAGAGUUUUAUUCUUUUUGGAGGCUGGUCACAUCCUUCGCCUUAUCCUGUCCACCAGCAAUGGAAACUGUUUAAUGAACUGCAUAUUUAUUCGAUCGAAUCAAAUCGCUGGAGUGCCAUCAAUGCUUUAGAAAGUCCUCCUCCAACUUCUGCACAUUCUGCGACGAUACACGGGAAUCUAAUGGUUGUCUUUGGUGGUGUAUGUAAUGGUUAUAGUUCAAAUGAUGUUUGGUGCUUAAAUCUGGAUACGUAUUGCUGGCACAAGCAAACGACUUCCAAUCUAAAGCCGCAACCACGUUAUGGACAAUCUCAAAUCGAGCUUAGCGAUAAGCAUCUUCUUGUUCUGGGAGGUUGCAUUGGACCGAAUGUGGCAAUGAAUGACGCGUGGUUAUUAACGAUGGAAGGUCCAACCUGGACCUGGAAAAAGAUAAAUAUGCGACACACCGAGUGUGCGCCAACACGUAUUUGGUGUCACCAGGCUUGCAAAAUCGGAAAUUAUAUAAUCGUGUUGAGCAAAAGUAAGCGACCGUCUCAACCUAACGACAUGAGCAUAUCGUUAACGAAAGUCGCGUGUCAACGGCCCCAGCCUCCCAAUCCGGUGCCAUUGUUUGAAAGACAAAAAAAUCCACCGCAGGAAAUCGAUAGAGACGAAAACGUGAAUGGACGACAUGGAACCUUUUCGCGAUUGGUACCAUCGCGGAACGGUCCGUUGUCAAUAUCGACCAAUCCCGCUCUUCCAAAAAGGAUGUCAUUUUACAAUGACAGCAAUUUGAGCAUGGCAGCUUUUCGGGACGAACCGGUUCGUACGAGUUCGAGUGCAAAUCGACAACGUCAGCUUGAAUCCCUGCGACGGAUGGAGGAACGAAUUCAGAAUCGCAAAAUGCAGUCGAAAGUUACCAAGAAAACCGAGAACACUUUGGCGAUAUUCGUGCUCGACAUAACCAAAGUAUUGUGCGACGAGUGUUCCGCUUCCUGGGUGCCCCUGAAGCAGAACGGACAGUCUGGCCCGGACGAGCGAAUACUUUAUUCGCUUGUCCUUGGACGCGGAGAACUGAUAGUUUUCGGAGGAAUACGAAAAGAGCAGACGACGAUACAAGGACAGCCGGAUAUCGACGAUUCGGAGGUCUACAACGAUCUUCAUUUCAUAAAUCCACCGCGCUAUGUGAUAUAAUAUAAUAUAAUAAUAUAUAUAUAUAUAUUCUAAAGCUCAUCCUUGUAUUUUGAGACUGCUGUGAAUUUCACUCUUCUCGCGUACUUUGCAAACCAAUGCUCACCUCUCAGACUGCCUUUUAGUAUGACGAUAAUGAUAAUUGUUUUAUCUAGUUUUCAGUUGGCUAUGAAAGUAAAACAAGAAAAUCAAAAAGAGAGAUCGUGUGAGAAUAAUUGUGAGUAUCUUUGUGUCUUUUUUGUUUUUUGUGAGUACGGAAAGGGUGGCAAUAUGUUGUAACAUUUUUUUUAUACUAUGUAGAUUAGAUUUAUAUUAGGAAUGGAAUUCUUUCCGUUGUGAUACUGCAAUCAAGAGGGCAGUUUACCAGCCGCUGUCUACUG